AUGACGUCGAGGGGAUAUCAGGAUUUCAUUUUCCAGAUGAAACCUUUUGCCAACGGUCAAGCCCUUCAAGCGUCUGUCUCUCGAUAUGGUUCGAACUCAACCAAAAGCGAAGCAUCGUCCAUCUCAUCGGGCCCUGACGAGGACGACGAGGAUGAAGGCCUAGACGUCGUGGGCCUGGACCAGCCGGACCUCAAGAAUUCAGAUUCAAACCCCGGUUUGUUGGCACUAAUGGGGUCAGGGCGGCACUUGGCUGCCACGUCGCCUUUGCCAACCCUUCCAAGUGGGACCCAUUCAUCCAAAGCACCACAACCACCUUCAUUCGCUGGGAGAAGUUGUGGUAGUCCACCCAAGUCAAAGUCGUCAGCUUUUGAUGUCAACUCAUUACUGGCAACAUCCGUCUCACCCUCGGACCGACUCAAAUUGAAAUUGCCAACUUCCUUACCCCGGCCCCAUAAGACUCCCUCACCAAAUUACCCUAGUCCCGGGAUCAGUCUUGGACCCCCCGGUCCUCCAGCCCCAACGCAGUCCUUUAAUCCUUUUCUGCUUCACCCCAACCUAUAUCAGCACUUCUUAGCCACCUCAGGGGCGACCCAAGCACCGAUCAAUCCAGCCAUGCUGCUUAAUGCUCAUUUGGCCUUGGCGGCCCAACAGAAUAUGUUCUCCAUGCAUGGAAACAAUCACCAUGGCCCUCUGGGCCCAUUUGGGGACCAUAUGAGAUCGAAUCGUUACUCGCCUUAUCCCACUACGACAUCACCGUCCUCAAUGCCCAACAUGGGUCGAACCUCGGCUGACCACUCAAAGACCUCAGGCUCCGCUUUCAAGUCCAUAGCGCCAAGACUAUCAAAUUCGCCAGAUAACAACCAAAAGGUGCCCGAAAGUAGUGAAUCCAGCACCAAAGGAAGCCAAGGGGCCGACGACAAAUCCAGUAACAUUGCUGGAAUGGAGAAACUCGUGAACGGUCUCAAUGGUGGAGCCAGCAGUGGUGGCUCUCAGUUUGGGAUAUCCCACGCCUCAGACUCACGCGAGAUCUCAGCCUAAUUUUGUUUGUGUUCUUUGUUCAAGUUUAAGAUGGAAAUACGAAACGAAUAAAGCUCGGUUUCUGA